AUGGGAGCUCUCCGUUUACCACGCAGUGUUCUGACCCUUCUUUCUCUUCUCGUGACCCUCUUCUCUGUUUCUUGUCAUGCUCAAUCACCUUCCAGAGUGAUCGAGCUUGGCAAAAAUGGGCAGGUGCCAGUUGCUAGCCUCCAACCUGGUCAAGACAGGUCAGGGACUCCUAUUUCAUCCCAGCUCUUCCUCACUUCUCCGUCAGGAAACUUUGCAGCAUAUAUAGUCCGGCAGGAAUCUCCUAGGACCAAGAAGAGCUCGGGACACGACUCCUGUUACAUUCAAGUCCAAGGAAGCAGGAAUCCUAGUGCUAGUAUUACUACUGGUACUAGUAGUCCUGGCGCUUGGCAAUUCAGGUGUGUCCCAGUUGCAAGUUCAGAUACUUGCAGCUUGGUGUUGUCGGAUUCAGGUCUCGGUAUUUAUGGUGGGAUGCAGCCAAUAUGGGGUGCAGGUCCCAAGGGGGGACACUCAAAGGCCUUGGCCCUGCUUGACUCCGGAGAUUUGGAGAUCAGUGACCAGAGUGGGAAGAUCUCGUGGAAGGCAAGUGAUGCCGAAGCCAGUGACAAUCAGAGCUGUGGUGGGUCGGAUUUUGGAGGAUUGACCAACCAAAAUGGUGAGGAAUCUCAACCGGGCAACGGUUUUCAGCAGCAGCAAGGGAUGAAUUUUCCACAACAACAGGAUCUGAAUCAGCCUUUGGCAGGGUUCAAUCAGCCAUUUUCUAAUGGUCUUACUCAGCCCUUUGGUACAAGAGGGAAGCAGGGAUUUGGAGAUGCUAAUGUUCCUUUUGAGAAUGGUGUCUCAAAGAGGAGUAUCAAGCUAGGAUUUGUCUUGGCCUCUUUGAUAGCUCAUCUCAAGUUACUCGUCUAG